CGCCGAUAAGCUCCCGCGAUGCGGAACCCGCCCGGCCGGCACCUCCUGCGCGUCGCCACCCGGGCCGUGCGCUCCUCCUCGGUCCUCGGCGGCGGGGGCGCCUCCACCUCCGCCUCGUCCCCCGUCUCCGCCUCCUCCGGCGGCCGCCCGCGCACCCGCGGCGCCGGCGGCAACAUGCUCCUGCGCGCCACCUCGCCGCCCCCGCCCUCCUCCGUCGCUGCCGCCGCGUGCUGGGAGUCCCGCACGCUGCGCCGCGACGGGGAGGACGACUGGGAGGAGGUCGUCGCCGGGGUCGAGGGUCCGGCCGCCUCCGGCGAGCCGGAUGUGGACGACGACUACAGGGUCGUCUUCUGGUCCCCGCCCACCGGGGACGAGGUCCGCGCCGCCUUCUCCAGCAUCCAGGAGGUAUUUGAGAAUUCUUUUGGGGUGGAUCCAGAUGAAACUGAGAAACAGAUAGCAUUGCUGUCCACCUCAGGCUAUUCUUCGUCGAGCAAUUCAUCGGGAUCAGAUGACUGGGUCGAGCCUGCUGCAUAUGUUCUCAACUCAACGGCUCUUCUGACCAGGGAACAUAGGACUGUUUUGGAUGCCUUCCGUCUAUUGCAAAGAGACCCUAAUGUUCAGAAAAUGGUUAUGUCCUUGUCAAGUGAUAGGACUGUGUGGGAUGCUGUAAUGAAUAACGAGGCAGUGCAAGAAUUCAGGAGAUCUUUCCAAGAUGGCAAAGAAAAUAAUAGGAAAGGAUGCUGUUCCCCUGUUGGCCCUGCUGGAGUGCUUAAGUGGAUCCUGGGAAACACCCAGGCAAAAAUAGUAGAAUUCUUCGACAACAUAGUGAAGAUUGUCAGCAUGCUGUUCCACCCUCAAAGCGAAGAAGAUAAACCCGAUCUGUACAGCGAUGCAGUGAAGGUGUCCUUCAUGCUCUCGGUGUUUGUCUUCAUCGUGGUGGCCAUUGCUCGGAUCAAUGAUGAGCCGUGGGAUUUCAAAGUUUGGUGAUGCAAGAUUUCUGCAGGACCUGUGUGAAUAUAUUUUGUAGGACAUCCCAGGCCUUACGAUUUACACUCACACGCAAUAUACACUGACGGUUGUUACAUAUGGGCUGUAAUCAUGUAGAUUUGACUGUUGUAAGGGAUUGUUUGUGUUGAGUCUGUUUUCCCCUGGUGUAGCUCGAAGUCGAGGGGGGUUCUUCAUCGUGUAAGGCUUUCCCAGAAGUAUUCGGUUCGUCGGGUGCGCCGCCGCGUGUAGAGCUUCAGCAGCGCCAGCAAGCAUGCGGGACGUCAAACCUGGCCUUCGCAAAGCAGCAUUAGGCAAAUCACACAACAUUGAUGUAGUUUCAAACGAUAGUAUAUGCUCAAAAUAAAGUUCCAAGGACGGAUCACUCAUGUAAAUAUUUUGCCACGCAAUUGUACGUUCCGUGUAAA